AUGCCCCGCACGCUGGGGGGCCGGCCUGAGGGCGGAGGCACCUGGGGAGGGGCCACACCCGCACCGGGGAGCCCAGGCAGCACCGCGCCCUGCCGUCCGGGGUGUCCUUCCGCCCCACCGCUCCCCCGCCGCCGCCGCCUGCCGCCGCCACCACGCGCCCCAACCGCGCUCCAGCCCGGCACACGCUCGGAGCCCGCCGCCGUCGCCUGCGCACUGGGGCGCCCCGGAGGCCUGGCGCGCUGGGGGCCGGCCGGCGCGCGGAGGCACCUGGGGAAGGGCCAGCCAAGCGCGGGGAGCCCAGGCAGCGCCGAGCCAUGGCGUCCGGGGUUCCUUCCGCCCCACCGCCCCCCCCCGCCCCUGCCGCGCGCAGGCCCCGCCCCGAUGCCACCUGUGGCGCGGGUUCCCCUGGCGCUGGAGGCGGCGGUAGCCUGCAGCAGUGCAGCUCGCCCGCAGCCCCACGGUCCCAGCGCGCUGCGCGGCCGGUGCCAGGGCGACAGGAAGGUAGCGCGCGUCCCCCCCGGGGCGGUGCCCCGCAUCCGGAGGACAGACCCGGCACUAGCUGCCUCGUGCGACGUGGACGGAGGCUCUCGAGCUGUCCAGGGACCGUCUGUCCGCCACUGGCGCUGCCCUAAACACGAGCCGCUUCCGCCUGGGCCCCUGGGCCCCUCGCGGCUGCCCCGCGGGAGCCGGACGCCGCCCCCUCCACAGGCCCCGCAGCUCCUCCAGCCCGCCCGUCUCCGGCACAGCCCGCGCGGCCCCCACGCCCCGGGAGUGCAGGGUCCGGGAAGCACCGCCGGCGAGGCACCCAGGCGCCGCGAGGGACGAGGCCGCCGCGCAGCCCGCGACCGGUCGCCCCGGCAGCUCGGCCCCCGCGUCUCGCACCUUCCUCAGCUCUGA